CAUACAGGAUCAUCAUUGCAAAAUAGGGGAGACAUAAGCAAUUAGGCCAUAUUGUCUCUCCAGCCAUGAGCCUCGUUGCUCGACGUGGAUAACCACCUUCACCAACGCACUAUUUGACCUACGACUGAAAAGGUCAAGCAGAUCAAAGCACCCUUCUACUCCUUUUUUUUAUUUUUUUAUUUCUUCUUCUCUCUUUUCACGCACCUUUUAAUCACUCGGCCACACUGAGUCAUAAACAAAAAAGCUAAGCAUGAUACCCAGUCCACAGAUGCAACCACAGCGGCCUCGGUUACCAGUAUCAACUUCAAGUGGCACAGGUAGCAGCUCUGCAAACAAUGCUAAUAUUGGGACUGUGGGCAAUUCACCAGCAUCCAGUACGACGCCUGUUCCGUUUUACAACGUUCAUCAGCCAUCCGCACGGUCACCACUCAGUCAGGAAACAACGCCUUUUGGACUCUUUCGACAUAAAAACUUGUCUACUUCUGCUCUCCCAACAACUCAAAGUCCAGCAUCGUCAUCAUCAAACCUGGCUUUAGCCCCAGUCACCUCCGCUUCAACCACCAGUUAUUCUCCCAACUCAUCCUAUACCAACCUUGCAGACUCUUACAACGCUAGCCAAAAGAACAUAGAUCCAACGUCCCGUCAAAAUGCUACUUAUUCGCCGUCAACUCCACUCCCACCUCCUUUACAGCUGCAUGCCAAAAUGAACAACACUAGUUCAAGUCCAAAGAUCAAUGGAAGGCCAUCCUCUUUUCAAUAUGUAGCUCAGUACUAUGCCUGGUGGGACUACAUUGCACGAGAGCAUGAUGAACUUUCGUUCAAAAAGGGUGAUAUUCUGUUAGUUAGCCGUGAAUUCGAUGAUCUAUGGUGUUUAGGCUCAGUCAUGAGGCCUGAUAAACGGACAAGCGCACGGCAUGGUUUCUUUCCUUUACAGUAUUGCUCUUUAGAAAGUCAAUGUUAUGUCCCUGCUACCAGAGUGGCUGCUCGUUCAGGAACAAUACCAGGAACAGAACCAGGUGGCCGAUUAAGCAUCGUCCAUCCUUUCAAUGCCACAGCUCAGGAUGAAUUGACGCUUCGACCAGGAAAUCAAGUGCGACUCAUUCAUGUCUUUGAUGACGGCUGGGUCCUCGGGGAGCAGAUCGAUCAUGCAGGAGUUGUCAUUGCAGUGGGUGCGUUCCCAGCUUCCGUUGCUAAGCCUGUCACUGCCAUUGUCUUGGAGUCUUUGGCCGCAGCAUCAGGAGGGGCAACAUUAGCAGGAGCUGUUGCUGCUUCAGUUUCUUCUCCGUCAAAACAGAGGCAUGGAAGCUCCCCUCUUGUUCCAACGGCACAAGACAUUGGUCUCAUUAAACUUUCUCGACAACGAGAAGAAAGUAACGGCAGCACGGGCCCUUAUAACGCUUUGUAUAGUCACCAAAACUCAAGUGGUCAUCUUUUACAGUACCAUACCAAUGGCAGCAGUAUAAAUAGUUCAACUUCCACCAUCAAACUACCAGGGUCACCCACAUCUUCGCCUUUUGCUCCUGGACAAAGCCAUCGAGCAUCGCCCCCCAUCAUUUCAGCGAGAUCACCACUCUCAGGAACAGAAUCUUCACGCACUAAUCCCCACCCUAAUCGUACUAGUAUUCAGAGCUUAAAUGAUGGAAAGCGGAAUGGAAACAACAACAAUAGCAGUAAUAGCAACAACAAUAAUGGAGCAACGUCACCUACAGUGACGGAAGAACAAGUCAUACGGGCUCUUCAGGAUAGGCCAGCCCAGGAUGCAAUUCUUCAGUUAUAUUUAGCUCAGAAGGGCGAUCCUAAUAUUGUGGAUGCAAACGGAAACUCGUUGUUGCACCUGGCGAUCAUUGCACACUCACAAGCCAGUCUUGUUUUUCUACUGAAUGCACCAGAUAUUCGUCUAGAACAUGGAUCUCCUAUCAGUCCACUUUAUACGGCGGUGCGCUUCCGCUCAUGGAAGGCAGCGCAGCAGCUGCUUAUUCAGGGAGCAGAUCCGAAUGUGCACGAUGAACGCGGCCUAUCGGUUUUGCACGUUGUGUUGCUGUUCAUGACCAAAGGUGAUACAUUAGCAGAAGAAGUUGUUCAUCUCUUGUGUGAGAAUAAGGCAGAUGUCAAUUGUGUCGCAAAUGACAAAAGAGUUAUACCGCUAUCGAUCGCAGUCGAACGCGAACUUUGGGCAGAGGUUGAAAUUUUGAUGGCUUAUGGAGCAAAUCCCCACUUGAUUUGGGGCAGAGAUCGGCGACAGAGCAUAGGAUUAGGACAGAUGGAUGGAGUUGGAGCCAUUACGAAUGGCAACACCAAUAACAACGCGCUCACAGCUCUAGCCACUACGACUAGCUAUUUCAACGAUCCUUUAUGGGAAGCAGUGAAUGAUGAUAAAGUCCAUUUGGUUAGACUACUACUCAAAUUCUAUUAUGCCCCAACUAGCUUUGCAGCAACAGCAGCAGCAACAUCAUCUUCACCGUCGCCUUCUCCAUCUUCAACACAGUCUUCGCAGUCUUUUUUCGGGCCUCAACACUCAUUUCUGCAUCAUUCAUCUGCAUCGUCUUUUACUACCAACAAUGGCAGUAGUACCAACAUCAAUAUCCCUAAUAUACCACAUGGAGCAUCUGUGCCUAUGCCGUUUGCAGGAAAUGGCGUAGGUGGUCCUGGAACACCACCAUCAAUCCCUUCACCGUCCUCAGCUCAAUCUUCCCCGGGGUCAGCAGCCUUGGUUGGAUACAUGAGCCAACGUGCCAAUGCAGCAGACAGUGUAGGGUCUCCAAAGUUGGCAACACUCCCAGGUGGCAGUGGUCAUGUGGGCUCGUUCACCAAUGCCAGUGCUAAUCCUAAUAUGGUGGGAGGCUCAAACCCAAUCUAUGUGAUUACACCCAAGGUAUUACUUCAAGCAUUGACAUUAGCGAAGGACCUGGGCCACAAUGACUGUCUACAGGUGUUAUCUCGACCUGAAGUAACGUUGAAAGAAGGAACCCUGUAUGGUACAGGCAGCUAUGGAUACAACCAACUUCACAGCCAGAGUUUCUAUGGCCCGUUCCAUAAUGGCCCUGGACACGGGUCAGGAGGCGCGAAUGGCAAUCAUGGUGGAGGCAAGGAGCACCGUAAUCUGAUUCAAAAGCUUACGAGUCUAUUCAAGUAAUCUGUUUACCUUCCAACCACUAUUCUUAUUCUCAUUCUUUUUUCUUUUUUUUUUUUUCCUCUUUUACUUAAUUUCAUAUACCUUG